ACUCAGUGGAAUCGAAGGUUCGUGGAAUGGCGGGCACGGGUUUGGUAGCCGGAGAGGCUGUGGUGGAUGCACUGCCCUAUUUUGACCAAGGUUAUGAAGCGCCUGGUGUGCGGGAAGCGGCUGCGGCGCUGGUGGAGGAGGAAACUCGCAGAUACCGACCUACGAAGAACUACCUGAGCUACCUGACAGCCCCGGAUUAUUCUGCUUUUGAAACUGACAUAAUGAGAAAUGAAUUUGAAAGAUUGGCUGCUCGACAACCAAUUGAAUUACUCAGUAUGAAACGAUAUGAGCUUCCAGCCCCUUCCUCAGGUCAGAAAAAUGAUAUUACUGCAUGGCAAGAAUGUGUAAAUAAUUCUAUGGCCCAGUUAGAACAUCAAGCAGUUCGAAUUGAGAAUCUGGAACUAAUGUCACAGCAUGGAUGCAAUGCCUGGAAAGUAUAUAAUGAAAAUCUAGUUCAUAUGAUUGAACAUGCCCAGAAAGAGCUCCAGAAGUUAAGGAAACAUAUUCAAGAUUUAAACUGGCAGCGAAAGAACAUGCAACUAACAGCUGGGUCUAAAUUGAGAGAAAUGGAGUCAACUUGGGUAUCCCUGGUUAGUAAGAAUUAUGAGAUUGAACGGACUAUUGUACAGCUAGAAAAUGAAAUCUAUCAAAUUAAGCAGCAACAUGGAGAGGCAAACAAAGAAAACAUUCGACAAGACUUUUAAAAAGAAAAGUGAAUUUGGUGGGUAAAGAGAAGGGAGAGUUGAGCUUUCACAGAAUAUCAGGCAUCUGAACUACUUCUGAACCACGGAGGGCAGCAGCAUCUUAUGGAAAUCAUUGGUGGUUAAAUGUAUAGAAACCAUAGAAUGUGUGAACUGUUGUAUUAUUUCUCUAUUGUUUUAGCAAAAUAAAAAAUUUCAACUUGGUAGUAUUUUUAUA